AUGACACAAAUCCAGCCCCAGCGAUACUCCACAACAGGAGUGUACCUCGAGCAACAGCAGAAGAGCACGGCUGUCGCCGCCCCACAGGUGAAUCAGAUCCACUGCCGGGCCCACACGCAGUGUGGAGUGGGCGGCAAACACAACGCACGGGCCGUGGAGAAGUCGGAAGAGAAGGAGGAGAGGGAGGAGAGGGAGGAGGGGGAGCAGAGGGAGGAGGGGGAGCAGAGGGAGGAGGGGGAGCAGAGGGAGGAGGGGGAGCAGAGGGAGGAGGGGGAGCAGAGGGAGGAGGGGGAGCAGUGGGAGGAGGGGGAGCAGAGGGAGGAGGGGGAGCAGAGGGAGGAGGGGGAGCAGUGGGAGGAGGGGGAUCAGGGGGAGGAGGGGGAGGAGGGGGAGGAGGGGGAGGAGGGGGAGGAGGGGGAGGAGAGGGAGGAGGGGGAGGAGAGGGAGGAGGGGGAGGAGAGGGCGGAGGGGGAGGAGAGGGCGGAGGGGGAGGAGAGGGCAGAGGGGGAGGAGAGGGCAGAGGGGAGGAGAGGGCAGAGGGGAGGAGAGGGCAGAGGGGGAGGAGAGGGCAGAGGGGGAGGAGAGGGCAGAGGGGGAGGAGAGGGCAGAGGGGGAGGAGAGGGCAGAGGGGGAGGAGAGGGCAGAGGGGGAGGAGAGGGCAGAGGGGGAGGAGAGGGCAGAGGGGGAGGAGAGGGCAGAGGGGGAGGAGAGGGCAGAGGGGGAGGAGAGGGCAGAGGGGGAGGAGAGGGCAGAGGGGGAGGAGAGGGCAGAGGGGGAGGAGAGGGAGGAGAGGGCAGAGGGGGAGAAGAGGGCAGAGGGGGAGGAGAGGGCAGAGGGGGAGGAGAGGGCGGUCACCACAAGUCGUGGCUCCACGGACAGCCCUGCGGCCUCCUCCGUGCUUUCGGCCUCCCACGGCCGCCCUUGUCCCACCGCUCCUCGGUGCUGCCUGCCUCGCCGAGCCGCUCCUCGCUGUGCAGCAUGGUGGGCGCGCAGGCUGGCGGCAGGAACACCACGGCUCCUGGCAGCUCCACCAUGCGCACACCCAUGCUGGCGUCACCAUGUGCGUCAGCAAGGGAGGAAGCUGGUUUGGUGUUGUGGUUGGUGGAGGGGUGGGAGAGGAGGGCGCUGCUGAUGGCGUGGAUAGGCUGA